AUGCACAUCAUCGCUGCGUUGCCAUUGCUGGCCAGGCUCGUGACAUCAGAACAGUCGGCCACACUCGUCAACCAGACCAGCAAGGCCCCGUUCACCACCACCUCUUCGACACCGAGCAACCAUGCUCGACAUCACCACAACUCCUCGUCCACGAACAGUACCAGCUUCUCCUCGUCAAUGGCCGCCUCAGCCGCCUCAACAACCAAGCAAAGUCCGUCGACGUCAACAACGUCAAGUGCUACGCCUACACCAGCCAUCGCAAUCACAGCAACAAUAACCGGCCCCAACCUCUACACAACCCCCUCCUCGGCCUCCCUGCCAGCUGCCUCUUCCACAACCGCCUCUACCACAACCUCGCCCACGUCAUCAACCGCCAGCGCCAUCGCCCCAGCCGCCAUCACCACAGCAAGCGACGUCGCCACCAUCUCCAUCCCCCCACCCACCAACCUCAUCCCCUUCUCUUCCCUCCCGUCCACCUCCACUUCCACGUUGCCCUCCGUACAGGACUGCUACACCUCCCCUUCCGCCUGCGCACCCUUCCUUGCCCGCCUGGAAACUUGCAUCGAAGCCGGCGGCCAGUGGGACGACCCCUACAAUACCGCGCAGAGCGAGGCGUUUCACAGCUGCUUCUGUCAAUCUCCGUUCAGCACGGAGGGGACGUUGUAUACGAACUGGACCGCUUGCGCUGGCUGUCUUGUGAAGGUUUACGGUGAGGUUGAGGGGAGGAUGGUGAAUGGAGGGCGUUUGGUGUCGGGGUACUGUUGGGAUCGGGAGGAGGAGGAGGAGGAGGAGGAGGAGGAGGAGGAGGAGCCGUUGGCUUUUCUGUUUUUGCGGAGUUUCAACAGUUGGCUCGAUGCUGUGGCUUCCGCUGCGGGAGUGGACGAGAGCACGAUGCCGCGGCCGGUCGCUGCGCUGCCGGUGGUAGUCUCGAGGAUGAGCCCGCGCUGGAGCACGUAUGCCUCCACAGAGGUGGAGGCUAAAGCUACGCCCUUCACUCCGACCGAAGACAGCACGAGCGGAGCCACCACAGUAACGAAAACGGCUUCCUGGACCCGGACGCCUACGACGACUACAACGGGCACAGUGACGCGCUUCACUUCGUCCCAGGCUUCGGUUGGUGGGGUGGGAGGCGGGGCGGGAGGUUUUGUGAGUCAGGUUGAGGGUGGGGGGAAGGCGAGUCUGUGUUUUGGACGGGGGCCUUGUGGGGGUGUGGUGACGGGGCGGGGGGAGAGCGUGGAGGUGGUGUCGGUGUUGAGGGCGAUGCUGUGGUUGGCGGGUGGAUGUUUGUUUACGUACGUGGUGGGGAGGGCGAUGGAGUGGUUGGUUGGGUAUGGGGAGCUGCGAUAG